AUGGCAAUCACCUUCAGAGACGGAGUCAUCCUGGGCGCAGACAGCCGAACGACGACCGGAGCAUACAUCGCGAAUCGAGUGACGGACAAGCUGACCCAGGUUCACGACACCAUCUGGUGCUGCCGAUCCGGUUCUGCGGCCGACACCCAGGCGGUUGCAGAUAUCGUCUCUUACCAUCUGAACAUGUACGGGAUCGUCAACAACGAACCCCCCACGACUCAGACCGCGGCUGCGCUCUUCCAGGAGCUGUGCUAUGAGAACAAGGACCAGCUGAGUGCCGGUAUUAUCAUUGCGGGAUACGACAAGCGACACGGUGGACAGGUCUAUUCGAUACCGCUGGGCGGUUCCCUCCACAAGCAGCCCUAUUCGAUUGGCGGGUCUGGCUCAACUUACAUCUACGGUUACUGUGACGCUCAUUGGAAGGAAGACAUGACGGAGGAGGAGGGAGUCCAGUUCGUGAAGAGUGCCCUGCAGGAGGCUAUCAAGUGGGACGGCAGCUCCGGUGGUGUUAUCCGUAUGGUGGUCCUGACGGCCAAGGGCGCCAUUCGACAUCUGUACCUGCCGGACAAUGGCUACACUGGGCCAGGUGCGAAGUAA